AGACACUCUGUGAUACGCCCCCGAAUUGAGCCUGGGGAGCGGCGCACGUGUUUGAUGCGUAGGGUUUACGGGCAUUCGUGCAGCCCUCAUAUCACCUAGAUUGCCCGAUCUAUUUUGGCUAUGCGAGUCUUUCUCAUAUACCUUCGACUGCUCAUGAUGUGGUCUCUAUGGUCAAAUCAAGUAGCUUCUUGCCAACGAGCGAUGUCAACGAAUGAAAACCAUCGGCGCUGUCGAGGAUUUGUGAACAUGGUAUCUCGAUGCCCCUUCGCCUGGGACUCUUUGUCGUCGAGCGUAUUUUCGUGUCAAAGCCUGUCUGUACUUCAUAAUGGAAUGAGGUCGGAAUAGAGGAGGUCUCGCGGCAAUUAGACCCUGGCCGGAAUGGAUAGUCCGGGAUUGAAGUAGCUCAGCGAGGGAAAAUCGUCGAGAGAUGUUAU